AUGUCACAUUAAGGAAAGGAUAUUAAUAUCAAUGAUUUUAGCAGCCCACAUUUAUAAAUUAGCAAGAAAGAUUAAUUUUUAGAAGAAAUCAGAAAUCACAUAUUGUAAAAAUCAAGAAAUGAUGUCUGGAGAUUAAAGGGUUAGCCAAACUUUGUUACACGCCCUUAUGUAGAAUGGAGAAGAGGAGAUACAUGCUGUGCCAUAAUGUGA